CAUCUAUUUAUUGUGGAGAUGAAAACCGAAGCAAAAUGAGAAAUUGAGAACGACAAGCAGCAGAAAAAGAUAUGGAGAUCUCGACGACCCUCUCUCUACCCUCAGUUCCCAGAAUUUCACCUUCCGUAUCUACCUUCGCUUCCUGCAAGUCUGUGUUCUUCAGCAAUGGCGCAACUGAUCUCCACAUGAGGAAGAAGACUAAUUGCUUGGUCUUGGAUAGAAGCAAAACUCAGAGGGGUGUCAAUCCUCGAUGCUUGUUCGGUCUCGGUGUACCCGAGCUCGUGGUAAUCGCUGGUGUGGCAGCACUUGUUUUCGGGCCGAAGAAGUUGCCAGAGAUUGGGCGGAGUUUCGGGAAAACUCUCAAGAGCUUUCAGCAGGCGGCAAAGGAGUUUGAAUCAGAAUUAAAAAAAGACCCAGAAUCUGCAAUAGAAGCUACCUCAGAGAAACCUACAACAGUCAGUGAAGAGAGGAAAGAAGAUACCAAGGUCUCAAGCACAAAUGAGAAUUUUUGAUAUCGACCGAGUCUGCCCUCCUUCAGUCAUUUUCCACAUAUUUGUGUGUUAGUUUUGUACCAAGCAAUCUUUUUUUGUUCUAAUGAAAUAGCAAUAUUUAGCUUAUUGGAGUUGAUUGCUUUCAACCUAUGUUUCAGCUAUUAGUUUACAAGCUUCGUGUUCAAAUACUAUUAUUUUAUUGAAUCUUCCAUUGGGAUUCAAGGCUCAUUCUGAGAGUACUGGAAAUUCCAUAAAA